AGCCUGAACGAGAAAGCUCGUGACGGUAUAAAAGUGAACGAGCGUUACGGCGUUCUACUAGUAUGUUUUAUGCGUUUGACGAGAAACGUUUCGUGUUUUCAUUAUUUUCCAUUUUCUUUUUAUUAUAUUCUUUUUUCUCGAUUUGAAUUUUCAUUUAAUCCACUCGAGUGAGCAUCGAAAUCGAAAAGUUUUUUAGAAUCGUAUAUUGAAUCGAGUGUAUUGGUCAAGAUAAACUUUUAAGAAAAAUAUUAGGAGAAAAAGCGUUACAUAUAUAAUCGAAAAUUGUGAAAUAAGAAAAAUACAUAAUGCCUAUUGAAUUGGAAUCAGUGACACCGAUUACACACAAACCUUGUUCACCUUGCAACGGGGAAAAGAAAAUGAACAAGUUGUGCAAGCAGGUAUCCAUCGAUAGCCCGAACGUAACAGGUCGUGAAUGGGUGUUCAGCUUCGACGUUCCUGUUCCCGAUGUUCCGGCACAUGGAGCCCGGAUACGGGUGAUGUGUGCAGGUGCUUGUUAUCAUCCUCGUCGCUCGCCCAGUCUGUCUAGCCUCACCUCCGUUUCUAGUGCUAGCAGUUUGGCCACAGAUGUCUCGAUGGAGGGUGAUUUUCCGGUAUCCAUGCCACACCAUGGAGUUCGUGAUGCGGCUCUGUUUCCCGGAUACGAAGUUGCAGGAGUGAUCGAGUCCCUUGGGGCGAACGUGCCCGAGGAUUGCGAAUACACAGUUGGAGAUCGAGUGAUCCUUUACCCGUAUGAGGGCAUACCAAACGGAUACGUUGAAUAUCUGGUCGUAUACGAUCUCAAAUAUCUCAUAAAAAUACCCGAUAAUGUGAGCCUGAGCGUCGCUGCGAUGCUUCCUGCUGGUGCUCUCCUAGCCAUGAACACUGUUUUCGCCACCCACGAACACAUUCAAGCAUUGCUGAAACAAAGGGGUGUGAACAGCGUUUGCAAGAUUCUGAUCGUUGGUACCGGUGGUCUGGCUCUUUGGGCGCUCAGAAUUGCUGCUUAUCAUUUCAGCAAUAUGAAGGAUAGGGUUACCAUUACUAUCGCCUCGUUGAAAGACGACGGAUUAACUAUGGCUCAAGAGUUUCAACGAGUAAACGUGGUACAAUGGAGCGAAGAUUUAUACGAGAAACAGCUGAUCGAACGCACGAUGGAUGCUUGUCAAGGUCAUGUGGACGUUGUGAUCGAUUUCGGCACGACAUCACGCAGCCUUCACCGCAGUAUGCAAUGUUUAAGUAAAGGAGGCGUGGUAUUCGUAAUCAAGGAAGUGGCCGAUCGACUUUUGCCUAAAUUCAGCAGACGGGCCGAAGAAUGGCAGCAAAAUAUCAGACCUGUAGAACCCGGUACUCUGGAGCAACUUCGCCAAUUGGUCGAAUUGGUGGCUUCCGGUGAAAUCGAGCCACCACCUCAUACCGUAUAUCCAGCCGAGGAAGUACUCGACGUAGUCCGCAAGUUGUGUCAUUCUGAAAUUCAAGGACGCGCAAUUUUACGCUUCUAUCCAGCAGAUUAAAAAAUUUCUUGGGCAGAAAUAAUCACGUGCCGUGCGGAUCGGCACGUAAUGUGAAUUUCAAGAGCGAUUGAAAUGAUUGGAAGAACAAGAUGGGAACUGGAUCACCGAUGGUUAAUUAAGUAUUGCAGCCAAUGGGGCUGAACGGAUAUUUGGAACUGAUAUUGAUGUUUCACAGAAUCAUCGAGAUCAAAAGGAUCGUUUCAUGAUGUUUUUUCUUUGUGUAAGAUACAAAGAGGUACAAGAAGAAUAGAAGUAUGGCUCUUUUCAAGUUUGGAAAACAUUUGAAGUCGAACAAUUAAUGUAAGAAACGAUAUGAUUGAUCGUUAGAAAAAGCGAAACGAGAGAAAGAGUUAGAUAUGCACUGUGUAUUAUUAUGUAUUUAUCAACGAUGCAUGUAUGAUAACGAUUAUCUUUGAAUCACAUAGAUUGUUGCUCUAUACAUUAUUGGUAAAAAAGAGUACUUAUUCUCAUCUUUCGUUUCAAGGGAAUUUAACCAUAUGGAGAGUUUAUUAAUGAAACGAGCGGGUAUACAAGCGAUUUCGUAAAAUCUUUUAGAAUAAUAAAUAGAUAUUCAAAAAACGAUAUAAAUGUAGAAUGUAUUGCGGAAAAAUUUAACACAGAAUAGGAUGUAGCAUUACAUGGAAUUUUUCACGUUCUUUCAUUAUUAUUGCAAUACUGUUUUCACUUAGAAUUCAUUAAUAUUUUCACAUGGAAUAUUAUAUUUUAUAUUAAUUAUUAAAAAAUGUUUACAAUUCUUUACUUAGAUGAAACGAAGUUAAACAAUGAAAACAACGAAGGAGAAAUACAAUUAAUUUAUAAAUUAUUAAAAUAAUGAAACUUCUAUGUUCAAAUUUCUUAAUUACAAGAAACGUGGUUACAAUUAUUUGUAAGUAUAAUAAAAUCUGCAAUCAAAUUUCGUUUCUGAAUAUCUUGUCAAUCAUUGAAUAAAAUUAUCUACAUAAUUGACUAAUAAAGGAAGUUGGACAACUUGCAAAAUUAGAAAAAUUAAAGACUAUUUCAAAUAUCGUUCAAAUGAUACUAAAAAAAUUACUUUUUAUUUUGAAAAAACAAAAAAUUAUAAUUUUUUUUCAUAUGUUGUAAGUUUUUUAAAUAUUCACAACAAUAUGAAAACUCAUUUUAAAAAUUAGUUUUAUAUUUAUAAAUCGUUUGUUCUUCGACAUAAAAAAUAAUUUCGUUAGUUUGUGAAUUAUAUUUUUACAAAGUUUCAAAUUUUCCUAAUUUUUCAAAUUGUCGAUCUUUCUUUGCAAGUUAAGCCUCAGGUAGAAUUUAAUCUAGAUAAGUUUGAUGUAUCAGAAUAUAGUACUGUUAAUGGUACUGUUAAAUAUUUAACGUCAAUUGAAUUGUAAUGAUCGUUAUGGUUUUAAUAUGAAAUAUACCUGUUCAUCAGGAAAUCGGGAAAGACGAAAUAUUCGUAUACGAUUGUGAUGAAUCGUCAAACAUUGUCAUUUAAAUGACAAUGAAUUCAGAGUGUAUUUUGAACAUAUAUUCGAAACAUAAUUAACACGAUUAAAAAGAAGAAGGAUGCUUCUACUUAUUGAUUUGGUACAAAUAAAAAAAAAAUUAUAUCUAUUAGCAAUUUCACAAAUGAAAUUAUAAUUGGGCAAAAAGAAUUGUUUUGCAAUUGUUAAUAAUUAGAUCCGGUGAAUGUUAAUUUCAUGAUUUAGUAUAACAUUUGUAAAAUAUAAUUGUCUCAUAAUGUAGACAUAAGAAUUAUUUGCGCAUUGUAAUGUUUCGGGGCAUUUUUGUGACUUACCUUUAGGUAUCAGUAUUCGUUUCUCACAUAAUUUAGAAUAAGUUAGCGUACAUUAAAAAUCGUUUUAAUGUAAUGUAUGUAAUUAAUCUCAAAUCACAGUUAUUAAGUCGUUGUAUUUUGAAAGACUGUUUUCUUUAUUUAAAUGUAACUAACUCUUAUUCUUUUUAUUAUAUUUUAUUUUUUAAUUUUUCAUUGUAAUUUAAGUGAUAAUUUAACGAUGUGAGUAUGAUCCACACGUUAUUGUAUCGAUUAUUCAUUGUGACAGUAAUUGUAUUAUAUUAUAAUGAUAAUAUAAUAAAUUUAUUAAAAAUAAA